CCAUCUAGUGGCAGUCAUGCGCAGUACUGACAUGUCUGACGUCAUACAAUAACAGGAAGUAGAAGACAACCACGCCGCCGGAGGAUUUGCUACAUUCUCCCGGUCCCCCUCUUUGUCUAUAUGUGAGCUUUUGAAGAGGCUCAAUGGAGAAAUACACGCAGCUUAAGGUCGUCGGGGAAGGCUCUUUCGGUCGGGCCGUGUUAGUUCAAUGGAUAAGCACUCAGGAAAAAUAUGUAGUCAAGGAAAUCCAGCUGCCAAAGAAUGAGUCCAAGUUGAGGGAUUCAAGAAAAGAAGCCAUCCUCCUGUCAAGAAUGAAACAUCCCAACAUAGUGGCCUUUAGGGAGGCAUUUGAGAUGACUGACCUCCUGUGUAUUGUUAUGGAGUACUGCAGUGGAGGAGAUCUUCUCCAGAGGAUUCAGCAACAGAAAGCGACCAACUUCUGCACUGAAAAUAUAUUGAGAUGGUUUGCUCAGAUGUGUGCCGGUGCCCAGCACAUCCAUGACAAGAGAGUCCUGCACAGAGACUUAAAGUCCAAGAACAUUUUUCUGACAGGUGAUGGCUCAGUCAAGCUCGGGGACUUUGGUUCUGCUUGUGUUCUAAACAGCUCAAAGGCGUACGCUCAUGCAUAUGUUGGGACACCGUAUUAUGUGGCACCAGAAAUCUGGGACAACAAGCCAUACAACAAUAAAAGUGAUGUGUGGUCACUGGGCUGCGUCCUUUACGAGCUUUGCGCUUUGCAACACCCGUUUCAGGCCUCUAGCUGGAAAAGCCUUAUUUUGAAGGUGUGUCGGGGGGCAUACCCACCACUCCCUAGGCACUUGCCGUACGAGCUGCUCCACUUGAUGAAGCAAAUAUUUAAGACAAACCCAAAAGAUAGGCCGUCUGUGCAAACCAUCUUGACUUCUCACCGGGUAUCCAAACUGCUUCGCUCACACCUGCCCUCACAGGCCAUAGAAAAAGCUAAAGAUGGCAGACGUCCUGGUAGAUGGAACAGAGAGGAGGGGGAGAAGGUGGCUCAGUUUCUGGGAGACAAGAGCUUACAAAGAACAUCAGUAUUUGGAGCGGCUGUGGAGUUACCUAAAACCUGUUGUGAAAGCAAAAAGCCUGGCGCAAGAAAGCAGUGGACGACGGAUCCACCGGACAGCGUGCUGCAGGCGUUGGCCAACGCCAGCCUCCUUUCAUCAGACAGCAUGGCGUCAUCUAGUUCAAUACAUGGAAUCAAGUCAGAGGAGCCGGUCGACAGACGGCAGAGGAGACUGUGGGACAAGGAUCCUCCCCAAAAGCUUCUGAGUAUUCUGGAGAAAGCCCAGCUGAACAGAGCUUUCAGCACAUAUUUAAUAAACACAACAGGCAACAAUCCUCUGAUGGGACCCCUCUCCCAACCACAGGGUGAUGAAAGUGAUGGCCCUGACCCAGGGGUGGCUGUAGAUGAGGACAGACGUAAGCCACGCUCCGAUGAUGAAGACACGGACUUUGAGGAAGAGUCUCCUUCCGACUGGAUGGAAGAAGUUGAAAAGAUGUUUUCAGAACACUAAAACCUUCCUUUGCCCUCCUGUCAUGAAAAUAAACAUCUAAACUUGUGCAAAAUACUGACAUUUUGCUUGUGCAAAGAAAAAAAUACGGAUUUUCUUUCAUGCUAAAUGUGCUGUUGUGUCAUCUGUACCAAAAUGCUUGAAUCUUGACCAAUACUGUCAUAAAACCUUUAAAAAAUA